AUGAAAGGACUACAUCAACUUUGGUUCAACAAUUCACAAGACGUGCCUGAAACCCAAACAUGGCUCUCAGCCAAUCAAGGAGGUCGAGCUCCCCAGCUUUCUGCCUUUGUUGCUCGAAUGAAGACGGCCAUGUCAAGCUACGGGUGUUUUGCAAAGCAGUCACGGCUGCUUUCACCUACCAUCAUUAGAAGAGUGCAAUACCUUAGCAUCUUUUCGGUAUAUAGUAACAUGACUGAAAAUGAACAGGAAAAAACUAACCUCAGGGGCAACUUCGUCGACCUUUUCAGUCUUAUUAACAGCACAAAGCACUUCAAACAGAACACCAGCUGUCUGAAAUGUAAAGAGCGAAAAAUGGAUGAAAGCACAAAAGAAACAAGUUCAGCCAAAAACUGUAUUGCUGCUGGGAAGGGGGCGUAA